AUAUAUAUAUAUAUAUAAAGUAGCACAGUUCAACAACCAGCCAUAGCCUAGCCUUACUGUCUCUCGCUUUCCCUCACUCUCUAAGAACGGACAGCUCAAAUCAGGCGCCACCGUCAACCGCUGGGCCUUUCUGCUUUUCUCCAAUGGGUUGUACGGCUUCGAAACUGGACAACGAGGACACUGUUAGGCAGUGCAAGGAUCGGCGUCGUUUAAUGAAGAAAGCCGUUUACGCACGCCACCAUUUAGCGGCGGCUCACGCCGACUAUUGUCGCUCUCUUCGGCUCACCGGCACCGCUCUCUGUGCUUUUGCAGCUGGAGAGCAAAUCUCCGUUUCUGACGAAACUCCAGCCGUUUUUAUCCAGCCUCCAAAUCCUUCAACUCCACCUCCACCACCGACGACCAAUCACGUAGCUCCACGUGUGAUACCAUCUCCCAGUCCCAGUCUCCACCCACCUCCUCCUCCUACUACUCCCCCAGUAACGAAGACAAAGCUCCCUAGCCCUAACACUGUUACUGCUUCUACCAAACGACGCCGUAAACCGCCGCGAAAACUCCCUCACAUUUUGUCAGAAUCGAGUCUUGCUUCGACACCUCGGAGUCAAACUCAGAUGUCUGAUAAUUUCUACCCAACUGCUUAUCAAGCAAACUCAACCUAUUCAACUACACCUUCACAAGCUUCCUCUGUUUGGAAUUGGGAAAAUUUCUACCCCCCUCCUUCUCCCCCUGAUUCUGAAUUUUUCAACCGUAAAGCACAAGAAAAUACUCACACCCAACAACACCACCUCGACAGCGACCGAGAUUCAGAAACCGAAACUGAAACCGAGAGAUCGGAAUACGACUUUUUCCAACCUCAUAAGGAGAGCCCUUUCCAAAAUAGAAAUAUUGGUAAUAAAACUACUAGUAUUGUCGAUGAGGAGACUGAGAGAGAGGAGGUCCAUUGCAGCGAGUGGGGGGAUCAUUACAGUACUACCACUUCAUCGGACGAAGGGGAAGACAUAGAUAAAGAAUCAAGAUCCGAGAUGGGAAGCCGCUCGAAUUUCGGAAGUUCGGUGAAGCAACACCCCAUUUAUGCCGACAAAUCGGAGGAUGCGGCUUCCUCUUCAACGAGCUUCCGGGGUAGGGAGAUCUCGGAUAUGAAGAUGGUAGUCAGACACAAGGAUUUGAAAGAGAUUGUUAAAGCUCUUAAAGAGAAUUUCGAAAAGGCGGCUGCAGCUGGAGACCAACUUUCUGAUAUCUUAGAAAUCGGCAGAGCUCAGCUUGAUCGCAGUUUUAAGCAAUUGAAGAAGACGGUGUAUCAUUCUAGCAGUAUAUUGAGCAACCUGAGCUCGAGCUGGACUUCAAAACCGCCGUUGGCUGUUAAGUAUCGGCUGGACACUGGUUCACUCAAUGAACCCGGUGGUCCGAAGAGCCUUUGCUCUACCCUUGACCGGCUUUUGGCUUGGGAGAAAAAGCUUUACGAAGAAGUCAAGGCUAGAGAAGGUGUGAAGAUUGAGCAUGAAAAAAAGCUGUCAUCUCUACAAAGCCAAGAGUAUAAGGGUGAGGAUGAAACUAAGAUUGACAAGACCAAGGCUGCUAUUAAGAGGCUGCAAUCACUAAUGAUUGUUACAUCCGAAGCUGUCAAUACUACCUCAUGUAACAUCAUUGGUCUUAGAGACAGUAAUCUUGUUCCAGAGCUUGUUGAUCUUUGCCAUGGGCUCAUGUACAUGUGGAGGUCAAUGCAUCAGUAUCAUGAAAUUCAAAAGGACAUUGUGCAGCAAGUUCGUGGUCUUGUGAACCGAGCAAACCAUGACUCAACUUCUGAAUUGCACAGACAAGCAACUCGUGACCUUGAAUCAGCUGUCUCUGUGUGGCACUCUAGUUUCUGUCGCCUGAUAAAAUUCCAGCGCGAUUUUAUCCGGUCCCUCUAUGACUGGUUCAAGCUUCCUCUUCCUGUCAGCAAUGACAACAUGAGUAUCAAAAGGGAACCAUCUGAGGUGCCUGCAUUUUGUGAUGAAUGGAAGCAUGCCCUUGACCGUGUCCCUGACAUGGUUGCUUCUGAAGCCAUUAAGAGCUUUGUCAAUGUUAUUCACGUGAUAUCUGUACAACAAACGGUAGAGUUGAAGAUUAAAAAGAGAACAGAAUCUGCCUCAAAGGAACUUGAGAAGAAGGCUUCAUCUCUUCGAAACAUAGAAAGGAAGUACUACCACUCAUACUCUAUGGCUGGUCUUGGACUUCCUGAUGCUGGACCUGAGAAUGGGCAGGUGUUAGAUGCUCGGGAUCCACUUGCUGAGAAAAAAUCAGAGCUCGCCACAUGUCAAAGACGGAUGGAAGAUGAGAUGCUGAGGCAUUCAAAGGAGGUAGAGGUGACGAGAGCAAUGACACUGAACAAUUUUCAGACAGGCUUACCAGGGGUUUUUCAAGCAUUAACCAGUUUCUCUUCCUUGUUUACUGAAGCUCUUGAAUCGGUUUGCAACCAUUCCUAUGCUAUCAAAUAAUUAUUUUAACUUAAAUUAUUCCACUUAAAUUUUUGAGUCAAGUUUCAAAUGUAAAAGACAGAUUUUUUUUUAUAAAUAUUUUGCCUUUGGGGAAGAAGCAGGCCUAAGAAGGUUUUGAUUUGUAAAUAUGUAGAAUUAUUUUCCUGGGGAUUUGUUCUUUAUUUAGUAUGGCAAGGGUUGAAGAAUGUAUUUGUAGAGGAAUCAGAGAUUAGCCAACUUGAGCAAAUGAAUAAAUAUGCAGUUCAUUUCUCUCUUCCAA